UGUAUGCAUACCAUUCAGCUAAUAUUUGAACGGCUUUAUUGGUUUACAUUUACUUGAACGGCUUUAACGGUUCGCAUUACCGUCGCGUGAAGUAAUUCCAAUACUGGUUCAUUUUUUGAUUACCUUUACAAGGCAAUUUUCCUCUUAUAAGUGUUCGUAUUUUAUCUUUUAAAGGUGAACGUUACAUUUUGGAAACAGUAAAACAUGGCAGGCGAAGACAGUUUGUCAAAGAUUGCAACCUUCAUCCAAGAAGGGAAGGCACUGAGAUGUCUAAUGAAAGGUUCACGACCAGAGGAGCCUGUGCUACCCGAUAUAUUUACAUGGAUUAGUCACGAGCUGUUUGAUGACAUCGAAAAUAAACCGAUUGCUCUUCGGCAUGCAGUAAAAGAACACAUUUUUACAAGCCGUAAAGACAUUACAGAAGUACUCCUAAAUUUAUUUACCGGAUCUGGACCGAAUGCUAACAAGCAAGAAGAUCUUCAAAAACAAGUGCUCGACCCAAAUUAUGACAACGCAAAUUCUGCAAUAUAUUUCUAUUGCCUUGCAACGUUUUGUGACAUUGACAUUUAUGUCGUGACAUCGGAGGGUGGUGACAAGUGUAAAUGGAAUGAAUACAAGUCAUUGAAAUUACUGAACAUUAAACAAGAAAUUAAGUACAGAGACAAAACACACACAUUUGAUGUCAGCAUGAAUAGAAAACCCGGCUUCCUGAUGACGUACAUGCAUGUGGAUUUAAAUGGGCCGCAUAUGUAUAUAAUACGACCAACAUCAUCCGCUCGACCUCAGCGACCGGAAUGCAAAGGAUUGGUAGAGCUGGCUGCACGGCAUUUGAAAUGCACUCCACUAGAUCAAAUUGCAAUGCCAGAAUCCCUGAUUGAUGAUGUUCAAAAGCAUGUCAAUCGGUUACCGCCAUGUAACAAGCGCAUCCGCUACUGGGCUGAAGAAUACUGUAUUGCAACAGACUGCUGGGAUAUUUAUGAAACGACAAUCGAGGUACCCAAUGAAGACUCCUGGCGUAGAUUAACAGCUCCACGGUCCGAUGAGACACUCCGUCUGAAGUUAAUAAAACAUUUGUCAGACUGUUCAAAGGAACAGGUCUUAAUAUUCUGCAAGGUCCUUUUAAGGCGCUUCGAAUUUGUAACUCUGACGAUUCUGAGUGACCGGUUUGACUCAUUUGAUAAUCCAUUCAAACAUAAAUACGCAGUUUUAAACAAGUUUGAGACGGAAUUAGAGAAGUUCAAUAAAGCGAUUUCUUUUGGGGCACUACCUUCCGAAUUGCAAGAAAGAAAGGGGAAAGUCAACAACGCAGUCAUUGGUACAUCCGUUUCCGGCAUCGUAGGAGGUGUUCUCGGAGUUGUUGGUCUUGCUCUUAUUCCAGUAACGUUCGGAGUAUCCUUAGGUUUAACCAUUGCCGGUGGUGUGAUUGGUGCCUCAAGCGGAAUAGUGCAAGGCGGUUUCCGCGUUCAUGAAGCUGUUAUGCAGAACCAAUCAACGGCUGUAAUUAAGGAAAACAUGGAAAAGAUAAGAAGUGACUUUGAACAAGCGCUUACAGAUUUCCCGAAAGAAUUCAACCUUGACGCCAUUGGAAACAAAGGUCCUGAUAGUCCUGGUUUGAACAUUCGAGGUAGUAUGUCGGUCGGAUCGAUUUUGAGGUCAGUACAUAGCGCUAUUGGGAUAGGUCUUGCUGCUGCUAGAGUCGGAACAUCCGUUGCCACGGCAGCAGCAGCGAUUCUUGCUCCUGUCAGUCUUGUAGUUGACGGAGGCUUCAUGGCGGAAGCGAUCUACAGCAAAACAACUGGUAGUUACACCGAAGCCGGGAGAAAACUUGAAUGUUUACGAGCUUUUCAGACUGUGGUUAUUGCUACAUACAUGGGAAAUGCGGACUUUGGCACAAAAAUUGUGGAAAGAACCAUGCAAAACGAUUAAAAGGCAAACAUAGGCCAAAAUGUCAUUAUUAACAUAAUACAUAUGACCAGUACUAAAUCUUUUCGUAAAUACAAAUGUAACAUGAUCUACAGUUCUUUCAAUAUGUAUGAAAAAAGAUUUUCCUCAAUUCGAUCAUCUCUUUUGGUCACUUUUUUACUCCUGAGUCACAUUCCUUUGCAAUAUUUAAGUACUAAUUUGUCAAUGUUAAAUUAACAUUGUAAAUGGUGUCUUCAAACAAAGUAGAUUUCACGAAACCACUUCUUUAUCAACAAAACCGUUGAAAAAAGUUAAGUUUUAAGACAUACAAUUGUUUUUCAACUGUUCAUCAUUACUGUGCUUUCACAUUAGUAUUGUAUGUUUAAGAAUAAGUUUUUAAAUAAAUGUACGUUUUUUGUAAUUGUGUAUCCCCCGUCCCAUUAUUCUUCGAUAAUUGUGUUUGGACAUAUUUCUGUAUUUUUGUACCCUAUUGAACACAGAUUUGUUUCCGAUAAUGUUAUAGGUAUGUUUAGAUGCGAUUCAUGUGACAUAUAGUAGGCUUGUGAAUGUGUUAUUUUAUUCUUUGUUAAAUGUUUGUAUUUUAUUUAAUGUUAUGAUAAUUUCUUUGAUGUAAAGCCUUAUAUUUGAAAUGUUCGGAUACUACAUUAGUUUUAAUACAAAUUGUACAUAUAUUACUAAAAUGAACAACAUAACAUCUGCAAUAAACCAUUGUUUUAG